UAUUCUUUAUUUUUACCUUUCUUGUAAAUAGUAAUAUAAAUUUUGUCGGCCAUAUUGGAUCCGCCAUUUUGAAUUUUGAAAAUCCAAUUAUAUAUUCAUCAGGAGCGACCUCAAAAACAUAUAAACACUAAGUUCUAAUACAUUUCAUAGCCAUGAUCCUUAAUUGAAAAGUCAAGAAAAAAGAAACGUUCCUGAGAAUAAAAGAAAAAAAAUUUGCAAAAGCUCCAGGAGUAAUAAUUGUAACAAUAUUUAUUAACAAUGAAGAUAAUUAUUGUUCUUGGAAGUAUUGUGACAAUUAUACUUGUUACAUUACCAGUAUUUGAAUUUACAAGAAUAUCUGCAGAUGAUCGAAAAAUGGAGUUUAAAAGUUUUAAAAUGUUUAGACGCAUGGCAUUAUUUAAGUAUUAUGUCAAACCUCAAUUAACACAAAUUCUAAAAUGGUUAGAUAACUUUGUCAUGAACUUGGAUGAAAUUCGUGAAUUUGGACGAUAUUCAAAAGAAAAUGGACAUUCUCCAGAAUGGAUGAAAACGCAAGAACUGAAAAAUCCAAAAUUAUAUCAAUCAUUGCGUUAUGAUACCUAUGUUGAAUUUAUUUCUUCAAGUAAAAAUGAAACUAUUCAACGUAUAAAGAAACUUCAGAAAAAAAUCUUUCAAGGCUUACCUGUAAUUCCAGCUGAAAAAAUAUAUGAUGAUUAUGUAUCGCUGGACAUGAAUGAACUGAUUUCAUUGAAAGAUUAUUAUGCUAUUCAGGUUUUACUAAAAAAUUAUCAUUCAGUGUAUAUGAAAAAUCCCGUAGGUUGGAGAAUGAAAAGAGCAUUAUACAGUUUGGCUAUUCGACAGUACAGUGAAGAUUUAAAUUCUACUUUUUCACAAAAAAUUUGUUUUACUCAAUUAUUUAAAGAAACUCAACUUAUAAAUAAUUUAAGCAGAAACAGGAAUUUUUCAUUCAAAAAUUUCUUAUAUUGUAUUGGCAGGAACGCUUUUAAAGAAAGACUCAAAUAUUCUUUUAUUUCUAACAAUACUGAUUCGACUUUUAAUGCAGAGUAUAGCAAAAUUGUGAUUACUGACCCAAGAUUGAUAGUAAAUCUUCAAGAAGUUACAAAUGAUGACGAUCGAGAUGACUAUUUUAUUCUUCCUACUACACAAUUGGUAGUAGAAAAAGGUCUAUUUGAUUAUAAGACACCCUUUGGGUUAGUUAAAGCCCAUACUUUGAAAACUCUACCUAUUAAAAAAAAUUCUGAAUGGCUUACUACAAUGGCAAAUAAUAUCGAAGAGUAUAAAGAGAAGGAAAGAGAAUAUUUUUUAAAUAUCUUUUCUAAUCAAAUAAGUACAAUAGAUAUAAAUGAGUAGUGCAUUUGAAACGCGACAUAAAUAAAAUACCAUGUUUCAAUUUAAAUCUUAUACCUACACUUAGAGAAAUUUUUGUCAAGAAAAUCAAAUAAAUGUAUUGCUGUACAUUCCAAAUGUUUGUUUAGUUUGACUAAAAAUUUGUUUUUGAUUACCAAAUUCUUUCAUCGAUUACAUUUAGUAAAUAAAAUCAAAUGUUCAUGAAAACUUUCAACUCUUUCUUGUUUCUUAUAUUGAAUUUAAAUUUAAAUUUCACGCCAAUUUUAAUUUUAUAAAUAUCAGCCUAGAUGGUAUAAGAAAACAAUCUUAAACAAGAUAAAAUGUAAUCAAUGUACAAAAAAACGAAGUUUAAAAUUAUAAAAUAUUAAAAAUUAGCUCUUAUUUCAAAGAUUAAACAAAUACUUCUUUUGAAUUUUUUUAAACUUAAAAUUAAAACAAGUUUUUACAAAAUGUUGAACUAAAUGUUUAUUUUAAUCAAACAAAUAUUUAUUUGUUAAACAAACAUUCUUUAAAAUAAGCUAAAACUUAUAUACAACUAAAACACAAGAAAUUUACUUGUAUCAAAUAUAAUUUUUAUUUCAAUCAAUUAUAAAUGAUAUUUGCCACCAAAUGCUGAAAUUAUUGUUUUAAAUAUAAUUUAUGUGAUUUAAAUAAAAAUUAUUAUUUCAAAUCAAUAUUUACUAGACAAUAGACCUAAGUAAUCUGUUAUUUGAAUCAACGUUUUCUUU